AUGGGAUCCAGCCGUCAAGGAGCUACUCGACGAUUUCUCCAUCUCGAGAAAAGACUUGCUGCAAAUCCUAAACUUUGUGAGGACUAUUCAAAGUGCAUAAAUGAGUACAUCAAGCUCAAACACAUGGAAGAAAUAGAUGAAGAUGACACGGUUUUGGCGACCCCUUACCAUUAUUUUCUUCCGCACCAUGCAGUUUUUAAGGAAGCGAGUUCCACAACAAAGCUAAGAGUGGUGUUUGACGCAGCUUCUAAAGCUUCGGAUGGGAAAUCCCUAAACGAGCAUCUUCUUGUAGGUCCAAAAUUGCAGACCAAUAUCAUUGAUCUUGUUCUCAGAUGGCGUACUCAUCGAGUUACUUUUACGGCAGACAUUGAAAAGAUGUACCGUCAAAUUAUGGUUAGUUUCCCAGACCGAUACUUUCAGCUAAUUUUGUGGAGGGAACAGAAAUCUUCGCCGAUUAAAGUCUUCAAACUGAACACUGUCACGUUUGGUACAGCGAGCGCACCAUAUCUUGCGAUUAAGGUUUUGAAGAAACUAGCCGACGAUGAAAGUCAGAAUUUUCCCGAAGGGGCGAAGGUUGUCCGUGAGGACAUGUACGUUGAUGAUCUGAUCAGUGGAGCAGAUUCCAUCGAAGAAGCCAAGAGGAAACAACAUGAAGCCAAGCAGCUCUUAGCGUCUGCGGGAUUCAACCUGAGGAAAUGGACGAGUAACUCCAAGGCUCUCCUGGAAGACAUCGCUGCUGAGGAUCGAGAACUUGAUUUUGAACUCCCGUUUAACACCUCAAAUCAUGUCAAGACACUCGGCAUCAAGUGGUUUCCACUUGACGACUACUUUUCUUUUCAAAAUCUGCAAGUUUCACCAGAAGACAUCACAAAACGGUCAAUGUUGUCCACCAUCGCUAAGCUGUUCGACCCACUCGGGUGGAUAUCACCCUGCAUCAUCACGGCGAAACUAAUGAUGCAACGCCUCUGGGAGCAUGGUUGUGAUUGGGACGAUCCAAUUCCUACUCCCUUAAAGACGGAAUGGGAAGCUUUUCAACGCGAACUUCCUCUCAUCGAACGAUUGCGAAUUCCGAGAUGGAUCGCGAAAAGCCCAUCUAAUAAGGCUGUCCAACUUCACGGAUUCUGUGACGCCUCCAUGAAAGCUUUCGGUGCAGUAGUCUACAUUCGGGUCUUAGACACGGACGAUCGAAUCCUUACCAGCCUGCUUCUCUCAAAAACAAAAGUAGCACCAAGUCAGCGAACCAUCACGCUGCCUCGCCUGGAACUCUGUGGAGCUGUUCUUCUGUCGCAGCUACUUAGUUACACCAAGGAUAUCUUGGCCAUCCCCGAUGUCGAUAUCUACGCGUGGACUGAUUCGAUGAUAGCGUUGGCAUGGAUACAAGCGUCACCAGCAAAAUGGACCACAUUCGUAUCCAAUCGUGUAUCCGAAAUUCAGCGGCUUAUACAGAUCGACAGCUGGGGUCAUGUUGCAACAUUGCAUAACCCAGCCGAUCUAGCGUCUCGAGGUGUAUUUCCGGCUGAACUGGAGUCAUUGGAUAUGUGGUGGAAUGGACCUGAAUUUUUAACGCGACAAUGGGAAUUCGAUGCUCCGCAUCGACUCAUCGACAAUGACACUGAAGAAGAAAAGAAGGAUAAAAGUAAAGUGAAUGUUUUAAGUAUCAAUAUCACUCAUGGCGAUAAAAUCUUGCAGGCUAUUCACGACUCUUCCAGGUUGCUCAAAUUACUUAGAGUCGUCGCCACCUGUCGUCGUUUCACAAUAAAAUGUCGACCUAAGCUUGGUCCUAUCACAGGUCCAAUCAAUCCUGAAGAAUUAGAUGCAGCACAUCAAAUAGUGGUCAAGGCAGCACAGAAGGAGAUGUUUGGAGAUGAGAUUCAACAAAUUCUUGGAAAUGCCAAAAUUCCAAAGAAUUUACUUUCGUUAAACGCAUUUCUUGAUUCUGACGGAAUCUUACGAGUCGGGGGACGUUUAGCAAACUCCCUCCUUUCCUACGAUGCCCAACAUCCGAUACUGUUGCAGAGCAACCACCAUUUUACGAGUCUGGUUGUAAGAGAUGCUCACAAGCAAACUCUACACGGCGGAAUCCAGCAAAUGAUUAAUUACAUCCGACAACGAUAUUGGAUAGGACAGAUUCGGCGAAGCGUCAAGCACCAGUUGCAUAAAUGCCCUUCUUGCUACCGGCAAAAGGCAUCUGAAAUGCAACAACUGAUGGGAAACUUACCUGCCGCUCGAGUACGCAUAUCGCGACCAUUUAGUCACACCGGUGUUGACUAUGCGGGACCAAUCGAGAUAAAAGCCUGGAAAGCCCGUGGAGCAAAAAUACUAAAAGGCUAUUUCGCAGUAUUUAUCUGUUUGGCAACCAAAGCCAUUCAUCUCGAAGCAGUAUCAGACUUAACCACACAAGCAUUUUUAGCAGCAUUCAAACGGUUCACUGCCAGAAGAGGAAUUUGUAAGCAGAUCUAUAGCGACUGCGGAACUAAUUUCAUCGGUGCCAAUAAUGAACUGGCAAAAAUGAUGAAAGAAGCACAACACGACUGGAAGCAGGUAGCAGAACUAUUGGCAAAUCGCGGUACAGAUUGGCAUUUCAUUCCCCCAGCUUCUCCCCAUUUCGGUGGCCUAUGGGAAGCGGGUGUGAAGUCUGUCAAGUACCAUCUCAAACGAGUCACUGGAAUUGAGAGGCUUACCUUCGAGGAGCUCGCGACGCUUCUAGCACAAGUAGAAGCUUGUCUGAAUUCGAGACCUCUAUGCCCACUAACCGAUAGCAUCGAUGAUUUGAACGCACUAACUCCAGCACAUUUCUUAGUCGGAGAAUCUUUGCAUGCAGUACCACAAGGUGAAACAGAAACAAACAUUACACAUAAAGAUCGCUGGAAACGAGUUCAGGCAUUAUCUGAAGUAUUUUGGAGACGAUGGAAUUCUGAAUACUUAUCUCGGCUUCAACAACGCCCAAAAUGGACAAAAAUACAAGAAAAGCCGAAGAUAGGAGAUUUGGUUCUCUUGAAGGAUGAACGACUUCCACCAACACAUUGGAAUAUGGCGCGAAUAGAACAAACCCACAGCGGGUCAGACGGUUUGGUACGCGUUGUCACGCUCCGCACCAAGUCUGGACAGUUUAAACGACCGAUUACUAAAAUUUGCCUUUUACCUUCAAACAAAACCACGGAACAAACGAGUCUAAUAUAA